GUCAAAAAACGCCACAGCACAUCAUCACACAAUAAAGAAAAUCACAAAAAUCAAAAAGACGGAAAAACUAACCAAAUUAUUUCUUCUCCAGAAAUGUUAUCACUAAUUCCAUCAAAAACAAAUUCCUAUCAGUAAAAAACUUGAUAAAAGAUCUCCAAAAAUGACUGAAAACAAUUCACCCGAUUCUACUCCAGAUCCCUCGACUACACCAGCGAGUGAAAAUGUCGAAGAAAUCGCUCGAAAUGAGCGUCAAGAAGUUGAGAAUUUCAUCACUGAAUUGAAAGCAAAGAUAUCAGCAAAAUCCCAACUAAGAAAUGGUAAUUUAAAACGUGUUCUUCCAGGUGAAGAACACUUUGCUCGACUUGAUUCGAGUUUAAAGAAAAAUACAGCUUUUGUGAAGAAGCUAAAGCAAUUCACUGCUGCGCAAUUAGAUUCUUUAACCAAGGACAUGAAUGGUCUCAAUUUAAGCAAAUACAUUUCGGAAAUUUGCACAGCUUUGUCCGAUGCCAAAAUCAAAAUGACAGAUGUACCGGCUGUUGUUUGUCUAUGCUCUCAAUUGCAUCAGACUUAUGUUGACUUUGAUGCCCAGUUUUUGGAGGCAUGGCAAAAGUCACUGGCUGUAAAGCCUGGUGAGAGAAUUUCCAAUCCAAGUAAGUUGCGUGUCGACUUGCGACUUUUUGCUGAAUUGGUCAGUUCAGGGGUGAUUGGGGGAAAGCAAGGAUUGUCUUUGCUCGGGAGUGUUCUUAUGAACAUCAUUUCCCAAGACAAAGAGGAUCAUAGCAACUUUUCUAUUAUACUUUCUUUUUGUCGUCAUUGUGGCGAAGAAUACGCCGGACUAGUUCCGAAAAAGAUCGUCACUUUAGCCCAAAAGUAUGACAUUGAGAUUCCCAAGUCAGAUUUCCUACCUGCCGAUAAGCAGCAGAACCUCCGAACUCUGCUGAAAGAUUACUUUAAAAAUCUAUGCAAACAUUUGGUCUCAGAGCAGGCUGAACUAAUGACCAUGACAAAGAACAUUCGUCGAAUCAUGGAAUCGAAAGGAGAGAUUUCGAAUGAUAAAAAAGAGAAAUGCGAACUAAUGCAAGCGAAUUUCGAUAAACUCCUUUCCUCCGCACAGACUUUAUCGGAUCUUUUGGAUGAACCACUGCCAGAGCUUGCUAAAGAGACGGAAAGUGGGAAUUCUGGGACUGUACUUGAGAGUCUGCUUGAAGAAUCUACGAUGGGUGAUUUGGAUCCAUGGGGUGAUGAGGAGACUAAGGCUUUUUAUACUGAUCUUCCUGAUUUGAGGCAGUUCCUACCUAAUUUCUCUGCUCCUAAGCAAGAUUUGGAACCGGUUGAAGAAGCUAUUGAGAUGACAGAGGAAUCACUUGAUGUUGAUAUUGAUGGAGAUGUUGAUGGUGAUGAUCCACCAUCAUCAACUUCGGAUCCAUCAAAUGAUACUGAAACUCAAGGUGAGGAAGUGGCGACUGCAGCAUCAACUGCUGCUACUGAAUCAGUUUUGCCAGAUAAAAUUGGUUCGGCACUAAUGGAGGCGGGAAGAAUUACAAAUGCUGGAACGAAUAUUAAACAACAAUUUGAGCAGUUUCUGACGAAUUUAAAUAAUUGUGUCAAUAAAGAGCUUAUUGACUCGGCGGCAAUUGAAUUUCUUUUGAAUUACAACACGAAGAAUAACAGGAAAAAACUUACCAAGUCAAUUUUUGGAGUUCAAAGAACUCGCUUAGAUCUCUUGCCAUUCUUAUCCCGUUUUGUUGCCAUUGUCAACCUGGUGAACACCGACAUUGCCAUAGACCUAUCCGAGAUGCUUCGCAAAGAAUUCAAAUGGCACAUUCGCAAGAAGAACCAACUUAACAUUGAAUCAAAAAUUAAAAUUGUUCGUUUCAUCGGUGAAAUGGUUAAAUUCGGUUUAUGCAAGAAAUUCGAUGCUCUAGCUUGUUUAAAAAUGUUACUCCGUGAUUUCCAUCAUCAUCAAAUUGAAAUGGCAUGUGCUUUUAUUGAAGUUGCCGGAGUCUAUCUUUACAAUUGCAAAGAAUCACGUUUACUAACAAAUGUAUUCUUGGAUCAAAUGAUUCGAAUGAAAACCAAUACAGCACUCGAUUCUAGACACGCAGCGCAAGUCGAGAGCGUAUACUAUUUGGUCAAACCACCAGACUCAGUGAAAAUGGAAAAGAAACUUCGUCCACCAAUUCACGAAUACAUUCGUCAUCUGAUUUUUGAGGAACUGUGCAAACAAAAUGUUGACAAAUGCAUCAAAAUGAUGCGUCGCAUCAAAUGGGAUGAUCCCGAUGUCAACAAUUAUGCGAUAAAGUGUCUUUCAAAGGCUUAUCUAUUGCGUUUCCCACUGAUCAGAUUCCUAGCUGACUUGGUAUCGGGACUGAGUUCUUAUCAAGAAAAAGCCGUUACUAUGGUAAUUGAUAAUGUCUUUGAAGAUAUUCGAGCUGGUCUUGAGAUACAUUCACCAAAAUUGGCACAAAGACGCAUCGCAAUGGCAAAGUACUUGGGAGAAUUGUACAAUUAUAAAUUGAUUGAGUCAGCAAAUGUGCUGAAUACACUGUAUUCUAUUAUAUCGCUGGGUGUUUCAACAGAGGAGGGAGUUGUGUCACCAUUGGAUCCACCUGAUAGUCUUUUCAGAUUGAAGCUGGCUUGUGUACUUUUGGAUACUUGCGGGCAAUACUUUACCAGUGCUUUGAGUCGCAAAAAAUUGGAUUAUUUUUUGGUCUUCUUCCAACAUUACUAUUGGUACAAAAAGAGCAAUCCAAUCUUUAGCAAGGAAAACACUUCAGAUUUGUUCCCCAUUUUGGUGGAUCACAUGUACCGAGAUUGUUUAGCAAACGUUAGACCGAAGUUGAAGCUCUACAAAAAUUUGGAAAAGGCAAAAGAAGCAAUUGAGAAUCUCAAAGCUGAGCUUUAUCCUCAAUUAGCAGCUCAAGCAACUAGCCAAGAUGGAGCAGGAGACAGUGCUCCUCCUCCCCCAGUCGAAACAGAAUUAGAUCCAAUCCGUGAAGAUAGCGAAUUUGAUGAAGUUCUAAGUGAAGAUUCAUCAAAUUCAGAUGAAGAAGAAAAAAAGGAACGUCGACGAGACGAAGAUGAAGAUGAUAUUUCUGGUUUAGACAAUGCCAACAAUCCAAACUGGAACGAUGAUCAAGUCGAAGAUAAUCCCGAAGAAGUUAUUGAAAAAUCCAAGGAGGAUCUUGAAUUUGAGCAGAUGUUUGAGAAAAUGGCUGCUGACAGCUAUCAAGAACGUUUAAAAGAAACUAUUAAACCCAAUACGAAGGAUAUACCAGUGCCAAUGAUGGCAAAGAAUAGUAAGAAAUCCUACGAUCAAAUACAAGGCACUACAAGUGGUGGUAGUGGUUCCAGUCCCAAUGAAUCCAAAGAUAGUGCUGUACCAUUUGUGUUAAUGGUUCGAGGUGGAAAAGGCAAACAACAAUUCAAAACGUUUGUAGCUCCCUCUGACAGUCAUUUGGCUAUAAAUUUGAAACUUCAAGAACAGAAAAUCCGUGAAGAGAAUGAAAAAGUCAAACGACUAACACUCAACAUCACCGAACGCAUCGAAGAGGAAGACUAUCAAGAGUCUCUGUUGCAAUCACAAAAAAAUCAAUCUCAAAAUUAUUACCAACGUCAAAAUCGUCCGAAAUUUAAGCAUCAGAAAGGUGCUCCAGAUGCGGAUUUGAUAUUUAAUUGAAUUAAAAUAAAGAUGCAUGGUAAUAAGCAUGAGAAUACAACUACUUGGUGUAGAUAGAAGCACAAUUAUUAAAAGUCAUGUAUCUCUCUUGGACAAGAAAAUAAAAUGAGGAAGGAGAGACGACAAUCACUCUCUCAAACUCCAAAACCAAAAAAAAAAAAAAAUAAAAAACAUCCAGCAGGUCUCUAGUAAAUAUUCUUCGAUUGAUGAAGUUAUAAACAUAAAACGUUCUUAAAGCAACCCGGGUUGCCCUUGAUGGUCUUGAGGAAAAUGUUUACGAUUUUUUUUUUUUGUUAAUUUACAAAAUAUACACACUAAAAAUGUGCAAAAAAAUAAAAUUAAAUAAAAAGAAGGAAAUUUACUCAUUUCAUGGAAAAAGAAUAAUUUUCGUUAAAAAAAAGAAGAAAUAAAGAUUUUAUUAUUGGCAAAGAUAGAUA